AAACUGGAUGUUAAGGCGUGUUUUAACAGGCGAUUUGUUUUCCGAUUGUGGCAAAUUCUUGCUUUCCUGCUCGUUAUAGCGGUCAUUGUGACUGUGGUUGGCCUUCUGGCCGCCAUGCAUGGUGCGAGGCAACCGAGCUCUAACCCGAACUCUUACAGAGCAGCGAAAGCAAAGGAAACCAAGAAGAAUGGAGGUAACCCGCUUUCUGAUGACUCUGACUAUUAGAAGCUUGUAUUUACAGCAGUUUACAGUGAUCACUUGGUGAAGACCUAAAAGUCCUUAAAUGGCAAAUCAAAAUCCACUGUAUCAAUCAGAAAAGGAAAGCGGUCGAAGACUCCAACUAAGCAAAUGCAGAGAAAUGCAUUGUAGAAGGCAGAUGGAAGUCACAACUAAUGCUUAAUGCUUUUUUAUCAUAACUUCAUCGCUCUCUUUUUAUUGUUAUAGGUUCACAGACCACUACCAUGCCACCAACGGUUUGCCAUCAGAAGACAACCUCCGGUCAAUGCUGCAGCAUCCCCUUCACUUACGAAGGCGUGACAUACAACUCUUGCACCGAUGUUGAUCAUCACAGACUCUGGUGUUCAUUAGAUAGUCAGUAUAAAGGGCAUUGGGAAAAUUGUUGUAAGUAAAUUGGCUUAAUUGAUCUUUAAAGUAAAAGAGAAAUAUAGGGGUGGAUGCCAUCCGACUGUUUGAUUUCUUUUUUCUUUUAAUUUCUUUCCCUUUUUUUGGAAUGUCUGUCAUUGUCUUCCUUUUUUUGUUUUUGGCGCCAGGGCUUAGUCGUUUCAGUUGCAGUUCUUUUACUUAUAGGACACACUUUUGUAGCUGCUAUGAUGACGUAAUAACUGACACAAUGAACGAAUCUGAAGCUAAUUUUGAGCGAGUUUUUCGCCACACAUUUUGCCCAAGCAGUCAACGGCGUAUAAAACAGUACCAAACACUGCCAACUUAAUUUAAUCAAAACAUAGUUUUAAGCUUCAAGCAUAAAACAUGUUACGUUGCUGCAAUACAACCAAAACAUAAUUUUCAAUUAAAUCCAAGAUAGCCGCCAAAAUAACAGCUAUUUUUAACUCUCAAGUCCUCAGCAGAAACGUCAUAGCUCACAAUAUUCCUUAGCUGCUCUUACGGUAUCUUGUAGAUUUCAUCACAGUCUAUCAUUAAAAUCCUUUCGACGAAACAGCCACAACCUGAUGGGGAUUUAAAGGCCCUAUUCCCCCUGUAAGUCAAGGUAGUGGGUAUGAAUAACCUAGAAAAUUUGUGUAUCCGAGAAUUAAAAUGAUUUAACCAAUUUUACUGAGUAAUGCUACCAUUUCGCUUUCGCUUCAGUGUUAACGACCACGAAAGGAACACCAACUGUUUGCACUCAGAAGACAACAUCCGGUCAAUGCUGCAGUAUCCCCUUCACUUACAAAGGCGUGACAUACAACUCUUGCACCGAUGCUGAUCAUCACACACUCUGGUGUUCGUUAGAUAAUCAGUAUAACGGGAGAUGGGAGAAUUGCCGUAAGUUUUUAAUUAAUUGGCCUGAUUAAUCUUUGACGUAAAAGAAGGGAAGGGGUGGGUGACAGGUGACUCUUAGAGUUUUUUUUUUUUUCUAUUGUUGGUUUUCACAUGACGUCACUAAAAUUAUCGAGAUUUUACUUUCACGAUGCAUUAGAGCAGCUGAAAACUAAUUUUCGUACGAAUUUUCGGUUCAAAAGGGUUCUUAGUUUUUUGAUAGAGUGCGCUUAAAUUUCUAAGCUUUUGCGUGACGCGGCAUUUACAUGACGGUAAAGAGAGCUGUUACGCAGGUUAAAAAAGUGACUUAUUUCAGGAAAUUUUGCUAUCCAAACAGUUCAUGUAUUAGAAAAAGUAUUACUUUAAUGUUUAUGAGUUUCUCGAAGAAUAAAUUCACGCUUUUGUAGCAUAUUCAGUAACAGAUGUUUCUGUUGGUUUCCGUCCGCCAAGUUGGAGCUCAUCCAGGUGAGCACCAGCAUGGCGUCUCCAAACAAAUCUCUAUAAGUUUGGGUAAAACUUUUCUUCGGAUAUCUCCUAUACGAAAUAUUCCUCUGCUGACCUGAAUCUUGGCGAGGGUCUUUGUAUAUGUACCUCCUUUCAUUUCCCAAAUUCUGGACUUUAUCUAUUGAAUGGUUUUGAUUUUUAUUUUGACCUAUUUUGAAUGGCGUGAAACUGAAAACCAGCAAUUCUUAACUUUUCUCUCUUUCUUUCUUUUUUGAGCGAGUUUUCCGCAUCAUUAUGCCCAAAAAAGGAAAAAAAUAGUACGGAAAGCAACCAACUGUUUAAUCAAAACAUAUUUUUAGGCCUCAAGCAUAAAAAAUUGGAAAAACGGGUUAAGUUUUCGCAAUUUUUAUAUUACCAUUUUCAAUUAAAUUCAACAUGGCCCCCAAAAUGACAGCCAUUUUUAUCUCAAAGGUAAGUAUAGCUCACAAAAUUUAUAUCAUUUUGUUGAUCUCAUGGAAGUAUAACUAUUGACUGAAAUCCUUAAAAUUUUCAAAACAUUAUAAUGCAGCUAAAACCCGAAGGCGUUUCAACGGCCCCAAGUGGAGGUAUUAAUUACCUAGCAUAUCCAAGGAUUAAAAAGUGAUUUAACCUAGCAAAGAGGUCGACUUUUGAGGAGAAGUAUGGGUGAUUUGGUUUGGGUAAUACUUUUUUUUCCCCAAACCUCUGGAGAUAGAUUUUUUCCCCGAUAUAAAACGGCUUAAGAUUUUUUUCCAGCAAAAUAAGCCAUGAGGGAUAUUUUUUCAGUCUAGAAUAUAUUUUUCCCCAGGUAUAUCCUUGCACGAUUUUUUCACUUCGAAAAAAAAUCUGCCGGAUAUUUUUUGCUCAAAUCGCCCACCACACCCUCCCCCCCUCCCCCCACCUCAGAAAUCAAAUGGUCAGCCUCUAAUGUACUAUGUUACCUAAUGUUACCAUUUCAUUCACGCUUUUGUUUUCACACUUCAGUGUUAACGACCACAAAGAUAACACCAAUAACUGUUUGCCCUCUGAGGACAACUUCCGGUCAAUGCUGCAGUAUCCCCUUCACUUACAAAGGCGUGACAUACAACUCUUGCACCGAUGCUGACCAUCACAGACUCUGGUGUUCUUUAGAUAGUCAGUAUAAAGGGCGGUGGGAUAAUUGUCGUAAGUAUAAUUCAACGACCUAGUGGCACCAUCACUAAAAGUAAAGUGUAAUUCGAAAACUAGCGCUUUGAGUGACCAUAAAAUGCAGAAUGGCCACAACAUUUGUAGCCUCAAGAGUGGCGAACAUUACAUAUCUUUUUACCACAUCUUUAUUAUUAACCAUAAGUGAACCCGCGGCCACGACAUGAAAAACAAAUCGCAAACUACGGUUCUGAAAGGCAAAGCGCAAACUACUUGAGUAAGCCGCAUUAUAAUUCCAUACAUACUCACUUGGCAAUAAAGUACAGUAUGAAAAGAGCAAAUUAGGAAAAUAAGCAUAACGCGAUUACAACAGUACUUAAAUUUUCUUGAGUUUUUUUCUGAUAGCCCAUGUUCUAUAUAUUAAAAUUCUAACAUGACUCCGAGGCUUUCUGGUCAUUUUCCUAUAUUCGGUUUGGUUUUCUUUGUGCUCAAGUCUCUUUUUGGAAUGCAAAACAAUGGAGCCGUAAAAAAUUUACAAUUUCGUCCGUAAAGCCUCGGGGGUAAUGUUAGAAAUCUGCUUUAUCAAACGUGGACCAUUGUCAAAAGCCCAGCUGUGAUAGCUUUUUAGAAAUAAGGGGUAGAGCUGUUGGCCAUGGUUCUUCUUGUUAUCGGAUCGUUUACUUUGCUCUUUUCUUUUUCUCCCGGCUUAUUUAGACGUUGAUAAAUGCAGCAACGGUAGUCAUGAUUGCCAUCCAAAUGCAACUUGUUGGGCAGAUACCGCGGGAAACUUUACAUGCACCUGUCAGCCAGGUUUCACUGGAAAUGGCCGCCAGUGUUAUGGUAUGAUUUAUCUCUUCUUAAACUAAUUAAGGAAGUGUAAAGUAACUAUGAUCUAAAAUAUAAUCAUUUCUUGAACAGAGCUUUCAGUUAUUUUUCACCUCUGCUGUCAUGCGUGGAUGAUUUGACCGAAAAUAAUAACAAUGCUUGGUGUAACGAUCAAGCACAAUUCUUCUCUUCAUCUGGUCAUUCCCGUGUUACUUUCGUCUACAUCUCACGCUUUGGAAUUUAAGUCUUGCCCACUGGAGUAUUUGUCCGUCUCAACUUACUGCAUGCAAACAUGGCGGGAAUUCGACCGAAUUUGCGUUGAAGAGACAAUUGCUGCCUUUUUGCCGGUGUUUACCUGGGCAGAGAGAACGUGAGCUUUUGCAAAGCUUAAUUACCUUACACAAUAUUGAUAAUAUAAACGAUUUAACUGUUCAUUGGCUUUACAGUUUGUUUGAAUCUCUCUUCUGUUAUCUGGCUUUGUUUAAUUCGCAUGGGAGGUCCGCUUUUAGAUUUGCCUUAAUCUGUAAAUUUGUGUAGGCCAUCAAUGCAUAAUUACUGCAGCUGCAAGCUUUCAUUGUAGCUUACUUAUACCAACAGAAUUAGUUUUUCUGCAAGCAAGGGAGACUGUAAUCCGCUGUAAGAGCCUUUCUUGUUUUUUUCUCAAAUCACCCACCAUACACCCCCCCGAUCCCUCAAAAGUCAAAUGUUACCAUUUCGUUUGCGCUUUUGUUUUCACCUUUCAGUGGUAACGACCACAAAGAAUACACCAACUGUGUGCCCUCAGAGGACAACAUCCGGUCAAUGCUGCAGUAUCCCCUUCACUUACAAAGGCGUGACAUACAACUCUUGCACCGAUGCUGAUCAUCAUAGAUUCUGGUGUUCUUUAGAUAGACAGUAUGAAGGGAGAUGGGACAAUUGCCGUAAGUAUAAUUUAAUGACCCAGUGGCACCAUCACUAAAAGUAAAGCGUAGUUCAAAAACUAGUGCUUUGAGUAACCAUAAAAUGCAGAAUGGCCACAACAGUUGUUAAGCCUCAAGAGUGGCGAACACGACAUAUCUUUUUACCACAUCUUUAUUAUUCACUAUAAGUUAACUCGUGGCCGCGACAAGAAAAACACAUCGCAAACUACGGCUCUGAAAGGGGGCAAAGCGCAAACUACUUGCGUAAGCCGCAUUAUAACUCCAUACAUACUCUCUUGGCAAUAAUGCACCUAUCAAUGUAAUGCCGGCGGGGGUGGGGGGGAGGAGGGGAGGCAGGGCAUAGGGUGGGGAUUUGACUUUUUUCAAAAAUUUGAGAUCAAAUUCCCUGCCCACGGGCAAAUCUUUCCAGUCAAAUGCAACCAAAUUUCCCCACCCCAGGCUGCACAUUGCUGUCAAUCCCAAGGCAGAACCUAAGAAAGGCACAAUAAAAAUAUCUCCAAAUAAAAUACUGCAAUCUUUUAUAAACGUUGCUGCAUCACCAAAGAUACAUGUUCCUGUUACAGCUGCAAUUAUACGUUUUAACCAUAAUCCGUGUUACACUGCGUAGAAUACAUAAACCUUUAGGGGAAAGUGCACAUUUUGUAAGUCUAAAUAUACCGUUCUUAGUAAAGGGUACAAAGAACGUCAGUUUUAAAAGUUUACAGUGAUUGUAGUGAAUGAGCCAUACACUAAUCAAUUGUACCUGAAAAAAUCGACUUGGUUUCUCUUUACUUCCGUUUACUUUGAUACCACAGUUAUUUAAGAGGUUCAAUUGAUCAAAAACACGCUAAAACAAACGAAAUUUGAAGAUAAAACAGUGAAAUCCACUCAGCCUUCGCUUGUUCUCAUUGGCCUCCAUGACUUCCUGAUCUUUUCAAACCGUAUGGCGAAUGCGUGAAGCGUGGAAGCGGGAAACAUAUGUUCGGUCUCAGUCUUUUUCGUCUGAGGCGGCAGUCAAAUAUCUCCACGUCGGGCGAAGAAAGAUUCAAAUAUCCCCUCCCCCGGGAGAACAAGAUCAGUCAAAUGCCCUAGUCCAAGGACAACAAAGACAAUCAAAUCCCCACCCCAUGCCCUGCCCGCCCACCCGCUCCCCCGCCGGCUUUACAUUGAUAGGUGCAUAAAGUACAGUAUGAAAAGGGCAAAUUAGGAAAAUUAGCAUAACGCGAUUACAACUUGAAUUUUCUUCAGUUUUUCUCUGAUAGCCCAUGUUCGAUAUAUUAAAAUUCUAACAUGACUACGAGGCUUUCUGGUCAUUUUCCUACAUUUGGUUUAGUUUUCUUUGUGCUCAAGUCUGUUUGGGAAUGCAAAACAAUGGAGCCGUAAAAAAUUUACAAAAUUUUGCUUUAUCAAACGUGGGCCAUUGUCAAAACCCUAGCCUGUGUACAGACGUCCCCCCUCCCUCAGAAGAGACGUCUGUACACAGGCUACAAAAGCCCGGCUGUGAUAGCUUUUCAGAAAUAAGGGUUAGAGCUGUUGGCUAUGGUUCUUCUUGUUAUCGGAUCGUUUACUUUGCUCUUUUCUUUUUCUUCCGGCUUAUUUAGACGUUGAUAAAUGCAGCAACGGUAGUCAUGAUUGCCAUCCAAAUGCAACUUGUUGGGCAGAUACCGCGGGAAACUUUACAUGCACCUGUCAGCCAGGUUUCACUGGGAAUGGCCGCCAGUGUUAUGGUAUGAUUUAUCUCUUCGUAAGCUAAGUAAGGAAGUGUACUAUAAUCUAAAAUAUAAUCAUUUCUUGAACAGAGCUUUCAUUUAUUUUUCACCUCUGCUGUCAUGCGUGGAUGAUUUGACCGAAAAUAAUAACAAUGCUUGGUGUAACGAUCAAGCACAAUUCUUCUCUUCAUCUGGUCAUUCCCGUGUUACCUUCGUCUACAUCUCACGCUCUGAAAUUUAAGUCUUGCCCACUGGAGUAUUUGUCCGUCUCAACUUACUGCAUGCAAACAUGGCGGGAAUUCGACCGAAUUUGCGUCAGAAGAGACAAUUGCUGCCUUUUUGCCAGUGUUUACCUGGGCAGAGAGAACGUGGGCUUUUGCAAAGCUUAAUUACCUUACACAAUAUUGAUAAUAUAAACGAUGUAACUGUUCAUUGGCUUUACAGUUUGUUUGAAUCUCUCCUCUGUUAUCUGGCUUUGUUUAAUUCACAUGAGAGGUCCGCUUUUAGAUUUGCCUAAAUCUGUAAAUUUGUGUAGGCCAUCAAUGCAUAAUUACUGCUGCAAGCUUUCAUUGUAGCUUAUACCAAACAGAAAUCAGUUUUUUGUAAUUUAGACUCACAGUCAAUUUUCCAAGUUCUCUAGUGAAAAACUAAAUUACAAGCGCCAGGUUUACUAGAACCUCUGCCUCGUACCCAGACUCCAUGUGGAUCGUGGGCAAGCUUUAGUGAAGCUUGGGAACAAACUUUCUAGUACGCACUCGAUGGCUAACAAGUAAUCUUCCCAUUAUGUUUCUCAUUUAGCUAGGCUCUGAGAAUGAGGCAGCUAAGACCUGCUAGCCUGCUAGUGAAUGUCCAGCAGCAAUACCUUAAGCAAGUUUUUAUAAACCAUCGACAUUGUACAUAGUUUUUACAUUUUUCUGAUAGUUGUUCUGGUAUAGUUAUUUUUUUCCUUUAACUGUUAAUCGUUUUGUUGCCCUGGUGACCCAUUUAUAACAGCUUCAGCUGACGGGUUUAACCUGGUUAAUUAUCAUCAUCAUUAUUAUUAUUAAUAUUAUUUUUAUUAUUAUACUUUUUUCUGUUUUUUUUUUUCAAGCGAAUGAUUGUAAAUAGGAUUUUAAUAGUUAGCAUUGUUGUCAAUAAAAUUUUUUCUUCUCAUUUAAAAAUUAUUAAAAAUUAAAAAGGCAUUUUUUCUUCUUAUUUAAAAAUUAUUAUUAUUAUUACUGUUAUUAUUAUUAUUAUUAUUAUCAUUAUUAUUAUUAACUACCUAGUUAAAAAAAGGCUAACAAACAUGUACAAAUCUUGAAUUGCAAUACGCUUAAGCAAGCUGUACAGGGUAUUGAUGUGUUCAGACAAGAGUUUAACCUCUUUAUACUCUAUUGAUUUAGAUAAUGAAUAACGUGAAAAGCCAGUUCUUUUUAUCUCUAGAAUCGAAGUCCGGUGAAUUCUGCCCGAAACCCGUUUCCUUUCCAGAGGCAUUUUUAUAACAAAUUCCUUUGUUUUUUUCUGUUAGAACUAGGUGUUUUUGUCUGUAAUUAAGCCCUCUACUCGAUGGUUGUUGUACAAAAUAUUUUAAUUUUAAGUUACAAAAUUGUAGUGCUCACUGUAUUAAUGUUCUUUUUUUCUUCUUAGAUUGUUCCAAUAAACACUUUGGAAAAUACCAAGAUUUUCUAACCGCAGGGGCCGCUGAUGUUGAACAAUUUACCAUCAAUGGAAGUCAGUUUCUUGCCUUCGCCAAUUAUAGAAGUGAUACUGAUGGACUCAACACAAAGUCCUUCAUCUUCAAAUUCAACGAUUUGACUGAAAAAUUCUCUUUGUUCCAAGCCAUAAAUACUUCAGGAGCACAUAACAUGAAAUUCUUUACAAUUGCUAAUAAACAUUACCUCGCAGUUGCUAAUAUGCGAAAUGAAAACACAUAUCAAGUGAACUCAGUUAUUUAUCAGUGGAAUGAACUAAAGUUCGUUGUCUUCCAAAACGUUUCAACUAAAGGAGCAAGCAGGAUUAGUUUCUUUAAAAUAGGAAAAGAAUAUUUUCUUGCAGUUACAAAUUGGCAUGAUGAUUUUACAAACUAUGUAAGGUCAGUCAUCUAUAAGUGGAAAAACGGCAAGUUUGAUAAGUUUCAGGAGAUACCAACAGUUGGAGGUUACGGAAGUGCCCCAUUUCUAAUUAACAAUGAAACUUUCAUUGCCUUUGCAAAUAAAAUGAGCUCUACCUCAAAUGUUUACAAAUGGUCAGGGUAUGACUUUGUUCAGUGGCAGUCUGUUCGUACAUAUGAAGUUCGUGAUGUGAUAUCAUUUAAAAUGAAUGGCCACACUUUUCUUGCCUUUGCAAACAGAGCAGAUGGACAGAAACCCAACAUUUACAAGUGGAAUGGGCGUCAGUUUAUAAAGGUCCGGCCAAUCACUACUCAUGGAGCUGUUACCUGGCACCCAUUUGAUAUGUGCGGACGAACAUUCCUGGGUGUUGCCAAUCAUCAAGCAAAUUCUGUUAUAUACCAGGCCCUUGGAUCACAGUUCGUUAAGUAUCAAGAACUUUCAACCCAAAACGCUCAUGGUAUGACGUCAUUUGUGCACAAUGGUCACACUUAUCUUGCUGUUGCGAAUCUUGCUCUCUGUGUUAAUGGCAAAAAUUGUCAGUACAAUAUUAACAGCACCCUUUACAAGUGGAAAUGA